AAUGCCAAAAGUUACUUAUUAAACUCAAGAGAUAUUACGCCCUGGGAAAACUAUUAUAAACUUGGCCUGUAGGAGAGAACUGAUCUCUUAAUGAAAUACAGAACAACUGUCUUAGAAAAACGAAAAUGGGCAAUCGUCAUAGCCAGUCUUACUCCCUCUCAGAAGGCAGUCAACAGUUGCCCAAAGGGGACAUCCAACCCUCGGCAGCCGUGCAGCCUCUCGGCCACCCAUCAGGGAGUGGACAGCCAGAGUCCCAACAGCCCGCCAAAGCAAGGAGUCAUCAGGGUUUUGAUGUGGAUCAGGAUGCCAAAAAGCUGAACAAAGCCUGCAAAGGAAUGGGAACUGAUGAAGCAGCCAUCAUUGAGUUGUUAUCAAGCCGGACAUCGGAUGAGAGGCAACGAAUCAAGCAGAAGUACAAGGCUACGUACGGCAAGGACCUGGAGGAGGUGUUCAAGAGCGAACUGAGCGGGAACUUUGAGAAGACAGCCUUGGCCCUUCUGGACCGCCCCAGCGAGUACGAUGCCCGGCAGCUGCAAAAGGCCAUGAAAGGUCUGGGCACAGAUGAGGCAGUGCUCAUCGAGGUCCUGUGCACAAGAACCAAUAAGGAGAUCAUCGCCAUUAAGGAAGCCUACCAAAGGUUAUUUGACAGGAGCCUUGAAUCAGAUGUCAAAGGUGAUACAAGUGUAAACCUAAAAAAAAUCCUGGUGUCCCUGCUACAGGCUAAUCGUGAUGAAGGAGAUGACGUGGACGAAGAUCUAGCUGGUCAGGACGCCAAAGAUCUGUAUGAAGCAGGGGAAGGCCGCUGGGGCACUGACGAGCUCGCCUUCAAUGAAGUCCUGGCCAAGAGGAGCCACAAGCAGUUAAGAGCCACCUUCCAAGCCUACCAAAUCCUCAUCGACAAAGACAUCGAAGAGGCCAUUGAAGCAGAAACGUCAGGAGAUCUGCAGAAAGCCUACUUAACUCUUGUGCGGUGCGCCAAGGACCAAGAGGGCUAUUUUGCUGACCGUCUGUACAAGUCCAUGAAGGGUGCAGGCACCGAUGAGGAGACACUAAUUCACAUCAUCGUGACCAGGGCUGAGGUGGACCUUCGGGGGAUCAAAGCAAAGUUCCAAGAGAAGUAUCAGAAGUCUCUCUCUGACAUGGUUCGCUCGGACACCUCUGGGGACUUCCAAAAGCUGCUGGUGGCCCUCUUGCACUGAACCAAGCCAGAAGAGUGGGAGCCCGGGAGGAGCCACCUUUGUCAAGAGCCCAUUUCAAACCAGAUUUGUAAAUGUGACUCCAGCACGUAAAGUACUGAAGAGUCCUGGCUUACUUUCUUGGCAGCUUGACUACUGUAGCCAGGCCAAGCUGUUGAGGUGAAGGGCAGCAGCCUCCAAACGCUUGGGCAGGUCACCCUGAAAGCUGGCUUAGCAGUUCCUAGCUGCCCUUCGGCUUCCCUUUAGUGUGGCAAACUGAAUGCUUUCAGAGCACAAAUGAAAUUAGCUGUUGAUGAAGGAAACUACACUCAUAAUAAAACAUUCAGAAGAGUAUGUAUCACAUAGAGGUGGUAAAGACUGAAUGGCUAAGGUACAGGGAAGACAAAAUUAACCAGUUGAUCCAUUUCCCUUCUGUGGGGGCACCUGGGUGGCUCAGUCGGUUAAGCAUCCGUCUUGGGCUCAGGUCAUGAUCUUGGGGUUCUGGGACCCAGCCCCGUGUCGGGCUCCCUGCUCAGCAGGGAGUC